AUCAGAGAGACAUGGGCCGAGUGAAAUUGGAGAUAAAGAGAAUAGAGAACACAACGAAUCGACAAGUUACGUUCUCGAAAAGACGAAAUGGUUUGAUAAAGAAAGCUUAUGAAUUGUCCAUUCUUUGUGACAUCGACAUUGCCCUCCUCAUGUUCUCUCCCUCCGACCGCCUUAGCCUCUUUUCCGGCAAAACAAGGAUCGAAGACGUUUUCUCAAGAUACAUCAAUCUUUCUGACCAAGAACGAGAAAGUGCUCUAGUAUUCCCCGAUCAGAGCCGACGCCCAGAUUUCCAGAGCAAAGAGUAUCUACUCCGGACUUUGCAGCAACUCAAGAAUGAGAAUGACAUUGCUCUCCAACUCACCAACCCUGCAGCUAUCAACUCCGACGUUGAGGAACUUGAGCAUGAAGUCUAUAAGUUACAACAACAGCUUCAUAUGGCAGAGGAAGAACUAAGGAAAUACGAACCAGAUCCAAUCAGGUUUACAACAAUGGAAGACUACGAAACUUGCGAGAAGCAGCUCACAGACACCUUAACACGUGUCGGUCAACGACGGGAACAUAUAUUGAACGACCUAUCUUCGUCGUACGAAGCAUCUGCUAUACAACAACAGCAAAACAUGGGUGGACCUUUCGUAAACGACGUCGUUGGAGGCUGGCUGACUGAAAAUGGGCCAAAUCAAGCCCAUUUAUUCGACGCAUCAGCACAUUCAGCAAUGUAUGAAACGUUGUUGCAAGGAAGCAGCUCAAGCUCCAACCAAAACAACAUUAUGGGUGAAUCCAACGUCUCGAACCACAACGGUGACAACAUGUUUCAAGAAUGGGCUCAGGCCUACAAUUCUACUACGGCUCAUAAUCCCCCGAACCUAUUUCCUCCUAUGCAGCAGCAGCAGCAGCAUCAGCAUGGCCUGGUUGGUUCCAAUGUGGAAGAGAUUGAAAUCCCGGUAAUGAAGAAAGAGGCACAAGCAGACCACGAAGUCUCCGACUAUGAUAUUAGAAUGCCUCAGCUCAGUAGCCAAUAA